AUGGUUAUAGGUGAAAAUAUGGGACAUCUAUCGGCGUUUUCGGAAUUUGUUUUAGGUUCUUCUGCAUUGGGGGCGUGUCUGCGAACAGAUCACACAGAGCAAAAAAUCGUUACCAAGUCCCAUGAUGAACAGCAACUGAGCAUACAGUCUUUAAUACCUGGUCGAAGUUAUCAUUUUCGUGUUGUGGCGAAUACGAAUUUCGGGUCUGGUGAUUCUUCCGAUACUUUAGAAGUGGUCACACAACCUGAAGAAAAUAUAGCCGGCCCUCCACGUAAUGUGGAGGGUUAUGCUCGCAAUCAUAAAGAAAUCUAUGUCAAAUGGGAUGAGCCAAGUGUAACUAAUGGCGAAAUCUUAAAAUAUCGUAUUUAUUAUGCCGAAGGUGAUAAUGGCGCAGAAAUGUAUCACGAUAGCACCGCGUUGGAUGCUUUACUGACCGAAUUGAGACCAUACACCGAUUACACCAUUUCCGUAGUGCCUUUUAAUAAGAAUGGUAUGGGCGAUCCUUCCAAAGAGAUUAAAGUGAAAACGUUUUCUUCUACACCAUCAGAACCACCGAAUAAUGUUACCUUAGAAGUAACCAGUUCAACGUCCAUCACUAUACACUGGGAACCUCCAUCCGAAGAAGAACGCAAUGGUCAAAUAACCGGUUAUAAGAUACGUUAUCGCAAACUCAAAGAUGCUCCGCAAGUUAAGAGCACUCCUGCAAACAUUCGCUAUUAUGAACUGAAUGGAUUAGAUCGUAACUCCGAAUAUCAAGUGAAAAUAGCGGCCAUGACAGUUAAUGGAUCGGGACCCUUUACCGAAUGGUAUCGUGUAAUGACUUUGGAAAACGAUUUGGAUGAGACUCAGGUACCGGGAAAACCAGUAUGGAUGGGUAUACAUCCAGGGGCAGAAACAAUAGCCCUGCAUUGGGGUCCACCGCAUCAACACGAAAUAAAAAUACGUAGCUAUGUCCUAGGAUGGGGUCGCGGUAUACCAGAUGAGAAUACUGUAGAGCUUAAGGAAACGGAACGUUAUUAUGUCUUGAAAGAUCUGGAACCAAAUACAGAAUAUGUUGUUAGUUUAAGAGCGCGUAAUAUUAAUGGUGACGGUCCACCCAUCUACGAUAAUAUCAAAACGCGUGAUGAAGAUCCUAUAGACAUACCGACACCAUUAGAAGUGCCCGUCGGCUUAAGAGCUAUAACAAUGUCUAGUUCCUCUAUAGUGGUCUAUUGGAUAGACACUACUUUAAAUAAAAAUCAACAUGUAACUGAUAAUCGUCACUAUAUUGUACGGUAUGGCAUAUCAAGCUCAAGUAGAUAUCGUUAUCAUAAUACUACCGAUCUGAACACGAUGAUUAUGGAUUUAAGACCAAAUACUCAAUACGAGUUUUCGGUUAAAGUGGUUAAGGGUAGACGCGAAUCAGCUUGGUCCAUGGCCGUGUUGAAUACAACCUAUCAAAAUAUACCCAUAACGCCGCCGCGCGAGUUAACCGUCCAAACGGAUGAACAAAAUCCUUUAAAUAUUUUAUUACAAUGGUUGCCACCCAAACACACUGUGUUUCCAAUAAGUGGUUACAAUAUUUACUACACCACCGAUACUAAUAAACGUGACCGUGAUUGGAAUAUACAAACUUAUACGGGAGAAGAGACCUCUUUCAUGUUACCUAAUUUAAAACCAAUCACUACAUAUUACUUCAAGGUACAGGCCAGAAUUAAUAAAGUCGGCAGUAUUAUGGGAGGCGGCGCUAAUAGCGCUCCGUUCUCCGCCUUGGUUGCUCAUACCACGGGAGCGGCAGUUGUCAAGAAAGAGCAUAAUCAAAUAGCUAAGGGUAUUAACAACGAGAUGAUUUUGUACGUUAUGGUAUUUGGGUUUGCUUUGGUUCUGUUCAUAGUUUUUUUGGUCAUGGUAAUAAUGUGUCGUCGCAAGCCGCCCACAUCUCCGGAGCAUACUAAGAAGAGCCUCCCAUCCUCGAAUAGCUAUCAAAAGAAUAGUGUAGGUGUACCAAAACCACCCGAUCUCUGGAUCCAUCAUGAUCAAAUGGAAUUGAAAAAUAUCGAUAAAAACAUGCAUGGAUCAACACCUGGUUGCAGUGAUGGUGCUUCCAGCAGCGGAGCCUUAACAUUACCUCGUUCUGUAGGCCAUGAUUACGAUGUUGAUACCCCGGUACCUAAUCAUAUUACUAAUUCGUUGGACAAACGGUCCUAUGUGCCAGGUUAUAUGACAGCCACUUCAAUGAACUCUACCAUGGAAAGACCCCAAUAUCCCCGCACGCAAUACAAUAUCUCCGCCAAUCGUCCACAUAUAAACGUCGAUACAGGUCUCUCACAGCAAAGCUUAACGCAGACGCAAAAUAAUUCAUUAGCCCAAACACCCGAACAUCCUUAUGGGGCUUAUGAUGCUAAUUUUUGUAACACAGGUUACCCAAAUAACGCUAACGGCCCUGGAUCAGCAGGUGGCGGUGGUGCUGCCGUUGGGAUAGUUAAUGCUUCGAGUGCUAUUAGUAAUGGGGGAGUAUCCACCAUAGAGAGCAGCAAAAGAGGACAUCCAUUAAAAAGUUUCAGUGUGCCUGGACCACCACCUACAGGCGCCUCAACUCCAAUUAACAAACUUACACCUGCCGUUACAAUACGUCCACAAAAUCAAUCACCUUAUAAGAAGCCAUCAUUUUCGGCUGCUACACCGAAUCGUUUGCAAGGUUGCCCAUCGGUUGCUCAUAGCACCGAUGAAAUACAGCGAUUAGCGCCGAGUACCUCAACCGAAGAACUGAAUCAAGAGAUGGCCAAUUUGGAGGGAUUAAUGAAGGAUUUGAGUGCCAUAACUGCCAACGAAUUCGAAUGUUAACAAUAACAGGAAACUCUAAAAAUACCAGUAUUUUUAACGAAUAAAUUGGCCGCUGUGGCGACAUCAACAUUAAAUGUUAUAUUUAGGCAAGCGCCACGCAUAACGAUUACAACGAAAACUGCAAAAUUCAAAGAGAAACAGAUACAUCAACAUCAGCAACAGACAAACGAAAGCAACACCUUAACCACCAAAUUUUAAA